AUGAAUGCUUCUUCACAAAGCGUAGUUGCUCAGCUCCUGGAUUCUGGAAAUCUAGUUUUGAAAAAUGACAGCCAAAAUAUCUUCGGAAACUAUCUUUGGCAGAGUUUCGAUCAUCCCUCCAACACAUUAUUGGCGGGUAUGAAGCUCGGGUGGGACCUGAGGAUGGGUUUGGACCGGCACAUGACAUCCUGGAAGAGCGCAGAGGAUCCCUCAACUGGAUACUUCACCUAUGGUGUCGAUCUCGGAGGAAUGAUUCCCCAACUAGUCAUACGUAAGGGACGUGUCAAAUACUUUCGAACUGGGCCUUGGAAUGGAAUACAGUUCAGCGGGGUUCUGUUCUCUCCUAAUUUGAUAUUCAUCCCCAAGUUCGUCAACAAUUCUCAAGAGGUCUACUACAUGUUCAACAAUUUCAAUGAGUCCACCAUCACUAGGUCGGUAUUAAACGCUUCAGGGAAUCACCAACGGUACCUGUGGAAUGAGGAAACGCGGGAGUGGACCAUGAUUUAUAUGUUGCCGCAUGAUGAAUGUGAUGUCUACGGGAAUUGCGGGCCCAAUGCAUCGCCCACGAAUUUGCUCGUCUUGACGAGCCCAGUUCGAAUUUGUAAUUUAAUUUUAUUUUAA